UUCUUGUUCGCUCUCUGCGUAUAUAUUCACAUGCUCUCUAAUCUCCCGCCAUCUCUUCGCCUAGGGUUUGAUCAGAGUUCCGUUUUUCGUUUCUUCUUCCGUUUCGCUGCCGACAAAAUCUUUCAGAUCAAUUCAAUACCAAAAAAAGGCUUAACUCGUUUCUGCAAAUUUCUUCGAUUUCUUUCUUUAGGAUUUGAGCUAUGGGAAAGAGGAAAGCAAAAACAAAGCCUGCUCCGAAGAAACGAAUGGAUAAACUCGACACGGUCUUCAGCUGCCCUUUCUGUAACCAUGGCUCCAGUGUUGAAUGCCGAAUUGACAUGAAGAACUUGAUAGGGGAAGCUUCUUGCAGUAUUUGCCAAGAGAGCUUUAGCACUGCUAUAACAGCUUUAUCUGAGGCAAUAGAUAUAUAUAGCGAGUGGAUUGAUGAAUGCGAACUGGUGAACGCCGUGGAAGAUGACGGUGCUUACCAUUGAUGCUCAGAAUCCUUGUUCUAAAAGUAGUUGAUAUGAUUAGUGACUAACACUAUCUUCUUCGAUGUUUAAUUUUGUCAAUUCAUGUCGUGAGCACUAGUGCAAGUCUGCAACUAAUGAUUAAUUCGUAUUUAGACUCUGAUAGAGUUUGUAGUAAUAACAUGUAAAAAGGAUGAAGCUAUUUUGAUGGGUAGCUGGUAUGCAAUAUCAAAGUUUGUAUUAUUGGAGUUUGUAUGCUGGUUGGAUUUGAAAGCUUUAUUUUGUUCUUUUUCUUUGGAAGUGUUACCUGGGAGAAAGGGGCAGGACAAGAAGAAAAUUUGUUUACCAUAAA